AUGCUGGACGAAGAACAUCCGGUGCUGCCAGCAGCCGAUCCACGAGACGCGAAUCCGUAUCUCCUUGGCAGGGUCAGUGAUCACAACGUGGUGAUAGCUUGCCUGCCCGCAGAGACAACAGGCAAAGUUUCGGCUGCCACGGUGACAGACAUGAUCCAUAGCUUUCCAUCGAUCCGAUUUGGACUGAUGGUAGGCAUUGGCGGUGGCGUACCACAUCACACUUAUCCGGAACAAGGUGCAGGUGUAGAAAUAGGGGAAGACGAUGAUGAGUCGGAAGAUGAGAUGGAGGAAAUACCAGAUAUUAGACUGGGCGAUGUCGUAGUCAGUCUACACACCAAGUCUACGGAAGCGGUAGUGCAGUAUGAUUUUGGCAAGUCACUGCAGGAGAAGGAGUUUGUUCAUACCGGUGGAAAGCUGAAUGCAGUUGCUAGGCUUCAGGCCAAUCAUACUCGAGGACAUUACAAAAUCCCCGAGUUAUUAUCAAAAAUGCUUGCAGAUAAUCCGUCCAUGGCGAAUUUUCAGCACCCGGGUUCUGAGAAGGACCGCUUGUUCAAAGCGGACAUCAUCCAUGUAGAAGCCCCUAAGAUUCACUGUGGGACUAUCGGGUCUGCAGACCAAGUCAUGAAGAAUGCAAUUCUCAGAGACCAGUGGGCACUAAAGGAAAACAUUCUUUCAGUAUGGAAAUUGUUGUACAAAUUGAUCCUCAAUCACGCCCCAACUAAAAUUCUUGCUCUUCAAUUCAACGAUAAACGCAUCUUCUUCUGGUGA